AUGAGGCAUUCCCAGCCCAGUGGUAAAGCUGAUGGCGACGAGCGACCAUCUCCCUCGUCGGCGGCCCUCUUUUCCGUCGAUAUUGCCGGCGCCGCCCGUCUCCGUCCAACUUUCCUUCUUCUCCGGCGCAUCUGCUCUCCUCUCUCUCGGCCUCUUAGCUCGGUUCUUCCCCAAAAAGAUCUGAAAUCAAGGCGUGACAGAUAUAGUUGCCAACCUACAAAAGAAGAUGUUAAAAGAUGCUUCAUGUUAGAAUUCGACAGAUCUGCUUUUAUAAUUGCAUCAACUACAACAGAGGAGGAGAUGCUAAGCUGGACCAUGGUCUCUCAACUGGUGAAGCAAGAACAAAUAGAAAUUAUUGUUGCCAAGGCAAAAGAAAUUCAUCCGUCUUACUGA